AUGGACGUCGAUGCUGACUCGUACCCUCACGAGCUACUGGGCCUACUAAUCAGCAUCUCAGAGGCUGAUUUCGUGUCGCUCGACUUGGAAUUCACCGGUAUCCCGUCACGCCUGCCCGGAAAGGAGCCCUGGAAGCCUCAUCGGGGAAGGAAGACGCUGGAGGACCGGUAUCAGGAGACUAGGAUUGCUGCAGAUCGCUACCACAUCCUCCAAGUUGGAUUGACUUGUGCACGCUUCGACUAUCUCGAGAACAAAUAUGUUUUAAGGCCAUACAACAUAUCCCUCAGCCCGCUGCUCAAUGAGCACUACAAGCUCGACAUUGAGCGUGAGAUUCAUAUCCAGAGCGGCGCCGCCACCUUCCUACUUGACCAUGGUUUCGACCUAGGAGCUUCUUUUGCUCGAGGAGUACAGUAUCUCUCGCGGGAAGAGGCUUGUAAUGCUCAGCAAAGGAUGAACGAACGUCUGCACAGGAAGUCCGAAGUUGAGGACAUGCAGCUGAAGCAAGGAGACGUCCAAUCUUUGGACUUUGUGAGGCGCGUUAGGGAGGCCAUCAUCGCGUGGAAGAAAUUGAAGGAUGACGACAGACUAGAGAUCACGACGCAUACUGGCCUCCUCAAUCCGUCUCUGACUCCAGCCAUAUCGCGAUUCGAAAAACGCUUAGUAGGUGAUUGUAUUCUUGAUCUGGCAACCUCGGCGCUAUUGGACGAUACUGAUCAACCUUUCCAGGUCCACCAGCUAGUUCGAGCCGAAUUUCCAAAUCUCGUCACCAUAGGGAGGCAGGAAUGCAUUCGGAUCAUAGUCUAUGACGAGCAGCGGGACGAAGAGAACAAACGCCAUAUCAAAAACCGUGUAAAAGAGCAAAUCGCCAAGCAGACAGGCUUCCGGUGGGUAUUCGAAGCUCUCGCAGCUGAUGGUGACCUACAUAAGGCAGAUCCGUAUCACUUUGGUAGAUACACCAGCACGCCGAUCAUCGCUGAGGAUAAGACGGAUGUCAAGGAAAGAUUCGAUCGAGCUCACGAUCGUCUUCAGAAACAUCAGCCUGUAUUAGUAGGGCACAACAUGUUCACAGACCUCGUCUAUUUCUAUCGCUCGUUUGUAGGCGAGCUGCCAGAGACGCUCAACGGGUUCCGUUCGGCGCUCCAUCGGAUAUUUCCGAAAAUUGUCGAUACGAAAUAUCUUGCAACACACGCCGAGGGAGAUCUGAAUGCGUCUCCCACCUUGCAAGAGAUUGCUGAAAAGCUCGGCAACCAACCACUCCCAGACAUUGCGACACACCCCAAGCACUCAAAGUACCAUGAGACAGCCAUGUUCCAUGAAGCAGGCUACGACAGUCUAUUGACGGCAACCAUCCUCCUGCGCCUGUCGGCCAAAUUAAACGCCGACCGCCAACAGCCAGAUGACACUUCGGAAGCAAGCUUCAAGACCGCAGUAGAGCAGCCAAACGGGCAUGUCAAGUCCCCAGUACUUAGCAAGUUUCCUGUACCCCAACCACCAACAGAUCGUCAGCAACCUUCGCAAUCCGAGAUACUAGUCGUGAAGAAGAAAGCGAAAAAGUGUAAAAAUCGCAAGGGCAAGUCCGACAAUGUCUCUCCAGCACAAAGCCGCUUUCGGACUCGCAACGCCUUCGAACAGCUCAGCCUCGAUGACCAAUCGUCACCUUCGGACGAUGACCAGGGCGGAGUCGUUGUUGACAACUCCGAUACAACACACUCCUGGCAAGACGAGGUAUACGAGCCGGAUACAAGCGGCUGGGUACCAAUCGAACAGAAACAACGCAAGCCUAUGGAGAUGAUUCCCGCUUGGGACGGGGAGUUCUGGCAGUCUUUCGGCAACACGCUGCGUGUUUACGGCACAGAGGAAGCAGUCUUGAAGCUUGCCGAGUGGAACACCCAAAUACCAGAUUCCAAGCCUGAGGGCACUGUGUGA